AUGAGUGACAGCAAACCAAGAAGCGGUGGAAGGGGCAAAUCCAGCUCCCGCAAACCCAAGGCCAAAAAGCCUCUUACUCGUCUGGAAGAGAUGGCUAAACAGGCUUACGAAACGAAAAAGGUCAACAGCACGAUAAAUAGCGAGGCAAACGUGAGUUUGCGGUCUUUUAAAGGUGUCAGAGCCUCCGACAGUGGACCAGGGACUGCUUCGAGUCUGAAGAAGAAAGACGGCGGCAAACCCAAGUCUCAAAAGACGACAGGGUCCAAAACUGGGAAACCACCGAUGAAGGGCUCACCAGCCCUUGGCGUCAAGGGAAAACCUCAGAAACCACAGCCCAAAAACGGUGCCAAACAAACUCCGCCAAAUAAUGAAUCUAAAAGCCCGCAAAAAAGCAUUGCUGUGGCCAAUGCUAGCUCGAACGGCACUGCUCCUGAGGUUCACACAGUCGUGGGCGAUAACGGCAAACAAAAGGCUGCAAAAACUCCAAAUGGGCCCUCCAAUUCGUCCAACGCUUGUAAAACACAAAAGCCUCGUAAUGGUAGCAAAGCUGGGUCUGCUAAAAACAAGCCUAAGACCAGUGCAAGCAAGCCCGAAAUUAAACAAAAAUCUAAGCUCUCAGGUGCAGCGAAAACAGCGCUUGUCAAAAGUGCUAAAAUCGCCCCCACAAAGUCCGUUAAAGUUGUGAGCAAAUCAGAGCCCAAAUCUUCGGCAAAAACGACCGUUGAUGCCAGCGAAUACAGCACCGAGAGCUUUGAAGAAGGCGAACCUUUGAAACGCUUCAACCGGUACGUGCCCAAGAAAUCGUACGCAAGCCUAGAGGAGUACUUCAAUGAAUUUUCGUUUGCGCUUUUCCUCGAGGAACGGCUAGAGAACGACUUCUUACAGAACUUCGAUAUUACGUGGCCUAAAAAUCCAAACGACAGAGCCUUGGUGGUCAAAAUGAAAGCCGAUAGUGAUGAAGUGAAAAAACUUCUUCCUCUUCAUCUCGUCAAGCUUGGGCGUAGUCCAUUCACUAAUCAGCAGCCUUUGAUACUGACAAGUCAGGACGAAUCAAAGGUCUGGUAUACUUUUGUUAGAGAGCAGGAUUCGAAGAAAAACAAUAUCACCAUCCUUCUGGAGCUCUACUCUUGGAACAAAAUUCCUCUGCCGAUCAAAGAGGGCAAUAAGCAUUUCAAGCUUCUGCCCUGCUCUGCCCAAGUAAAUAGAAUUCUGUUUGCUAUGACUCGGGUACAAAACCCGAAAUUUAUCAAAUUGAUUCUAGGUCAUGAACGCAUCAAACAAUUCAACUUCAACAACCGCUUGCAGUUCUCCAAAGAUACUUUCAAUGACUCGCAAAAAGCGGCAAUUCAGCAUGUCUUGAACAACAGCAUUACUGUUCUUCAGGGACCACCAGGCACAGGUAAGACAUCCACUAUCGAAGAGAUCAUUUUGCAAGUCAUGGACAAUUUCCACACCCUGCCGAUUCUGUGCGUCGCUGCAUCAAACAUUGCCAUUGAUAAUAUUGCAGAGAAAUUCAUGGUUAAUAGACCGGACAUCAAGAUUUUGCGUAUCCUGUCGCAAGCUAAGGAAGCGCAAUACAAUAAUGACCACAUGUUGGGUAAGAUUUGCCUUCACAACAUCGUUUACGAUCAGUUGCCCGCGGAUAUGAAGGACAAUAUCGGGAAGCUAAGAACGGGUAUCCCGGGUCUUGUUUCCAAAAAUCAGUACAACAAACUGCUAACCACUCAGAACGCUAUUUCCGACAGACACAUCGCACAGGCUCAGAUCAUUUUUACCACUAACAUUGCCUCUGGUGGACGUCAAUUGAAAGCUAUCAAAGAGCUGCCAGUUGUUAUCAUGGAUGAGUCUACCCAAUCGUCGGAGGUGUCUACUCUAGUCCCAUUGUCGCUGCCGGGAAUCAAGAGAUUCGUGUUUGUGGGAGAUGAAAAGCAACUGUCAAGCUUUAGUAACGUUCCACAAUUGGAGAUGUCUCUUUUCGAAAGGAUUUUGACCAAUGGCACUUACGACAGCCCUCAUUUGCUAGACACACAGUACAGAAUGCAUCCUGCGAUCAGUGAGUUCCCGAUCAAGACUUUUUACGAUGGAAAACUGAAGGAUGGUGUUACCGCAGAACAAAAGAGCUGGCCAGGUCUUCCGCACCCUUUGUUUUUCUAUCACUAUAAUAAGGGACCAGAAUCAAAAGUGUUCAACUUGAAACGUGGAAUGAGAGGGUUCACUUAUAACAAUGCCCACGAAGCCGAGGCCAUUGUCGCGGUGCUGCACAAACUCAUAAUCGAGAAGAAAGUCGACAGGGAAGAAAUAGGUGUCAUAACGCCAUACUCUUCUCAAAGGGACUUGGUCUCAGAGAUGUUGGUGCGCGAUCCUGUUGUGAAUCCGACGGGCAAGGCGAUGGAGCAGGAGAUGGACAAAGAUGACCUAGUGGGGAGUGGGGAGUCUGUUGGCGGUGGAGCGAACAAGGCCACCAUCAACAUUGUGAAUGACAUAUUUGUUGCCACGGUCGACUCGUUCCAGGGCCACGAGAAACAAUUUAUUGUAUUUUCAUGUGUGCGUAACAAUGCAGAGAACAAGAUUGGGUUUGUCAGGGACCGCAGACGUAUGAACGUUGCCUUGACGAGAGCGAAGAACGGUUUAGUGGUGGUUGGAAACAAAGACGUGAUGAGACAAGGCGAUCCGCUAUGGCAAGAGUACGUGGACUACCUCGAGCAGAAGGGCGUCAUUUACGACUCUUUGGAUGGCUACUAA